AUGUCGACCCUUGCAGACUCAUUCUUGGAGGACUUGGACGAACUUAGUGAAGGCAGCGACGAAGAAGAGACGUCUGCUCUGUCGUCUCUUGUCUCUAACGUAGAGGAAGACAAAGACAAUGAUGUUAAUGAGCACAUGCUCGAGGACUUUGCCACGUCGAGAGCAGAUAAGCGGAAGCGUCAGGACACGGAACAGACGCUCGCGGAAGAGCAGAUUGAAAACCUCACAGAGUCGCUGUAUUCCAGCGUCAAACAUCGCGGCGUGGCGGCUGUCGCGUCACUUAAGCGUUCGCCUAAGUAUCUGGCACACGUGCAGGAGAUCCAGCAAUAUGUGGAUGACGCUGCCGCGUCAGCUAAGCCCCAGCAGCUGGAGGAAGGAAGCGCUGAAUACGACCUGGUGGUGACGUCCAAUGACCUAAUGGUACAGAUUGACGAUGAAAUUGAAGCGGUGCACCGCUUUAUUGCCGAGAUUUAUGCUGCCAAGUUCCCGGAGCUCGACUCUCUCGUGCCUAAUGCCCUCGACUAUGCUCGUGUCAUUAAGGCUAUCGGUAAUGAGAUGGAUUUGACCGUCGUAGAUGAGCUGCCCAAAUUACUGCCGAGCUCGGCGGUGAUUGGAAUCUCGGUUACAGGUUCAGGAACGAGCGGUAAACCGUUGGGUCCUCAAGAUUUGAAGACGUGUAUGGAAGCUUGUGACGAAGUGUUGUCGCUGGAGAAGGACAAGAAUAUGAUUCUGCGCUUUGUGGAAAGUCGCAUGAAGUACUUGGCGCCAAACGUGUCGCAAUUGGUGGGCACUCGUAUUGCAGCGCUGCUUAUUGGACUAGCUGGCGGUGUGGCGGAACUAGCGCGAAUACCGGCGUGUAACUUGCAAGUGCUGGGACAGGAGAAGAAAGUGCUGAGUGGGUUCUCGUCGGCUGCUGCAUUGAAGCACACGGGCGUUCUGUUCUUUAGCGACCUCGUGCAGAGUGUGCCUCCGUAUUUACGAAUGAAGGCGUGCAGAGCAGUAGCAGGCAAGCUAGCGUUAAUGGCGCGUGUGGAUAGCCAGCCACACAAGACUGACAUGGAAGGUCUAGUGGGUGCGCGCUUUCGUACGGAACUGGUCGGGAAGAUGGAGAAAUGGCAAGAGCCACAAAAGGCAAAGACGAAAAAAGCGUUGCCCAUUCCAGACGAAAAACCGCGCCGCAAACGUGGUGGCAAGCGCUACCGUAAGAUAACGGAGCGAUUACAGAUGACAGAUGUACGGCGUGAAAUGAACAGGCAGUCAUUUGCUAUGGCAGAUGAAGAGUAUGGUGACAACGCCAUGGGAAUAACAUCUGGACGGCUUGGUCAGGAAGGGUCGGGUAAUCUUCGUAUCAUGCGCAAGGAGCAGAAGCAGUCGAGCAAAAAGUUGCGCGCUGCAAAUUUUGCCGCAUCUUCUGCUAGCAAACCGCCGCUUUGUGGGCUCGCAUCAAGUCUCGCAUUUACGCCCGUGCAAGGCAUUGAGCUUAUGAAUCCCGAAGCUGCGAAGGCUCGCGUCGCCGAGGCUAAUAAGUAUUUUUCUGCUGCUAGCGGAUUCGUCAGUGUUGUCAAGAAGCCAUGA